GAUUCAUUUCAUCUAUUCCAUUAAAAAAUAACCGAAUCGUCGGUAAUUACUUUGGCGGGUUUUAUACAAACAAUAGUUUAGUUUAAUGGCCGCAAAUGUGAAGGUUUCGGAUGGGGUAUCGCAUAGAAUUUAGACGCUACAGAAGGUUGCGACAGUGAAAAAUGUCGUCAGCGGUCAACGAAACGCAGACAAACGCCAAGAAAAUAGCCGUCGAUCGACAAACCGCCGUACCCGACAGCACGACAUCGACAGAAAUGCCCGACUUCUCGGUGGGCCACGACGUCCUGGUCAAACAGAAAGACGACAGGUACUAUUUCGGCACGGUGGUCCAAGUGAACGGCGCCCGCGAGCAGUGCCUGGUGAAAUUCGGCGACAACACCUACAAUUGGUCCGGCUUCAAAGAUCUCACCAAGCUCAGCACGCCCCAGCAGGAGGACUCGCUCUGCGUGGUGUGCAAAAAGUCCGCGCCGAAGAACGACCAGGAGAUCACGGUGUGCGAUCGAUGCGGAAGGGGCUACCACAAACAAUGCCACGCUCCCGAGAUACCUGCGACCAGCCAAAAAGAUGGUUCGGCUUGGAUGUGUAAACGAUGCAUCGAAAGCGAUCCACAUAGACUGAAAAAAAGCGAUAGUAACAAACGGAGGGAUUCGCUCAAAGGCGUCCCGGCUUCCAAUCUUCGAUUUAGUAAUUUAACGACCGUUGCUAAUCCGACGAAUAGAGUACUACCUUACGAAUUGAGUUCAUUAACGUGGGAUACAUAUCACAGGGUAAACAGCGAACAAAUAUACUGUUAUUGCGGAGGGAACGGCGAAUGGUACAAGCAAAUGUUGCAGUGCGGCAAAUGCAGGCAGUGGUUCCACGAAAAGUGCCUCGGCUGUCUCCAAUACCCUCUAUACUGCGGCGACAGAUUCUACGUGUUCGUUUGUUCGAUAUGCAACCACGGCCAGGACUUCGUCAGGCGAUUAGAAAUGAAAUGGGUCGACUUGGUGCAUCUGAUGCUGUUCAAUUUGACCGCCUACAAUUCCAAAAAGUAUUACGAUCUCGAUGCCGUCGUGAUACCGUACAUAAACGACAAUUGGCACGCCUUGCAGCUACCACCAAAGAUAGCGAACGUGAGCAAAUCGGAGCGCCGAGAGAACAUCAUGUCGGUGCUGACGAACAACCGGAACCGCUUCAAGUGCGGCAGGGAGAUCAAGAAGCGGACGACGAUAUGGGGCCUGAGGGUGCGGCUGCCGCCGCCGGCGCCCUGCGUGACGCUACCCGCCGCGGGCGUCGUCGCCGAAGAGGAGCUGCGCGAGCUGUGGCACGGCAACAAGCGCUUGCAAUUCAUACCGAUGGAACGGGAAUCGGGCGGCAAGCGAGUAGUGGUGGCCGACAGCCACAUGAAGAACAUCAUGAUGGGCGCCGCCUACCAGCACAAUUCGGGCAAUUCGGAGUCCGAUUCGCCUUGUCCUAGUCCGGAGACGCUCAGCGAGGACGCCGAGGUGUUGCAGAAGAACAAAUAUUUGGGCGCCGGUUGCGCGAAGAAAACGGCGCCGUUCAAGAAAAUGAGCCUGCAAAGGCGCAAGAAACUAUUAGCGAUGUCGACGAAGGAGCGCGAUCGGAUUUUGAAGCGAUCCAAGAGGAAAUUGAGCGCUGAAUUGAAGGGGAAAAGUAAAAAUAAACCGCCGACGUCGCCGUUGUUGGUCAGCGCGCCGCCGACGCCGCCGACUUCUAACAGUACUUCGGUGGUAUCGGACCUGAGCAACGACUUCUCCGAGACUUCCAAUCUGUUGAAAUCCGUCAAACGAAGCAAUUUGUCGGAAUUGAAUUCGGAGGUGAACACGCCCUGCGACACGUCGGGCGACGAGACCAGCUCGAAGAGCACCUUGGACGCCAUCAUACCGCCCCCGAAGGAUUUCGAAGGGAAAAACAAUCCGUUCCUGACGUUGCUCCGAGGCGCCACCGACGAAAUCAAACGGAAAAAAGACAUAACCCUGCCGCUUCCACUGACGGCCGUCAUACCGGGCAAGCCGCUGAUGCGGCCGAUGAAGCGGCAGCUCAGCGAGAAGGACAUCGUCAUCGGCCCCAACGGGCAGGUGAAGCGGAAGCGGUUCAGGCGCGGCCGGAACCUGCAGACGUUCGUCGCCGCCGCCGCCGCCGCCGGCGGUCAGACGGCCAGCAAGACGGCCGCCGUCCUGCCGGCCAAGCCGGACAACAAAGACUGGACCGGCAGGGGCAAUUCGACCGCCAACACGUCGACCAUCAAUUUGGGCAAUUGCAUCGAUUACAAUUCGAGCAGCCGCCGGUUGAGGCAGCGGCCGGAGAAGCCGCCGGAGAAGGAGAAACCGGCGUCGGCGCCGGCGCCGAAGCCGAGCCCCGUCAAGCAGGAGCCCGACAUCGAUCUGGACGAUCUGAAGAGCUCGGUGAACAUCUAUUUCGGCGCGGCGAAUCGCAUCGCGGCCGGCGAGCGGUUCUUCGUGAAGGCGAAGCGCGUCGGCCCCGCCGGCAAGAUGGACUAUUUGAUCGAAUGGGACGGGCCCAGCGCCGGGAUGACUUGAUCGAAGGGUUAGAGAGCGCGCCGCUCGGGGGAAGAAAACCAAGUCCGGAGGGUGCGACCCUCUCGAGUUACCUAAAAAUAAUAACGAGUAAAUAUCGUUCCUUAGGUUUUGUUUUUUUCUUUUUAAAGGUCUUUGGGAGGUUUCACGUGCUGGCGAAUUUUCUCGAUUAGUGGUUUUUUGUUUUUUAUUUCGAUUCGACAUUCCCUACAAAUCUAGUCGGUUAACUUAAAUUUAAACUGUGAUAAUUGGUAAUUUGGGCACUUUGAACGUUGAAAGUAUAAUGCAAGGAAGGGUUCUUUUAUCGUUUCGAUAGCGCCGUGAAACUUCGGAAAGAUACCAAAUAAACAAAAAAAAUACGUGGCUUCUGAAACUAAAAAGCUAAAUUUUUGUAACGGACACAAUUUUUGUACAUUUUUUUAUAAUCUACGUACGAUGUACUGCCAGAAUGAUAAUAUCGAGUCACUGCCAUUUUAUUGUUGAUUAAUUUUGUUUGAAGAAAAGUCUAUUGAAGGCAUUUACAAGGGUAAGGUGGAAAGUUCUCGGCCCGACAAUGAA